CAUUGUGGGGAGGAAAGUCGUUGCCAUUCGACCUCUGCGGGGCCUGCGCGGACGCAGCGAGAACCCUGAAAUUCAUUAUGCGUUUAAAACCUUUAUUUAUUUCCGCAUAACCUACAUACUCUCACCGGGAGGGCCAAAGCGGGGAAAAGAAACGACGACGGUCCAUCUCUUUCGGAAAAUACAUCGUUUACAACUAUAUAUUUUGCGUAAGGGGGAUACUGUUGAGAAGGGGAAGAUUGUAAUAUAUAUUAAGAAAAAUGUCCGGUGAGAGAAACCGCAGGUCGCUGGCUUUCCGAGGAAGUGGAUUAGCUGGGUUAACGGCGUCCAGCGGUAUCGGUGGGGGGAACUGUAACAGCUGGGAGGCCCCGACCUGUCAAGACCGACAUUUUAACGGGAACAGGCCGGAUAAAGAGGAGGACAGGGAUCUCGGGGCUAAAGGAUCAUCGCAGAAGAGAGUGGAGGGCGCUGGGUCUGUCAGCGAUAGCACGGAACCCGAGGCGGAGGAGGAAGAGGACCCGGAAGAGGGCAGCUGGGCAGCCGUGGACGACCGUGUCUGCUCCGUGAAAGCGGAGGACGGGUCCAGGCAGGGGAACAGCUCGACAGAGGCGAACGGUGCCGGUAACAACGACGAAGGCACGGAGUCGGGAAGCUGUGCGACCGGAGGCGAGCCGGGCUCCAGGAAAUCAGGAGUAGAGAUGAGACCGCAGAAGUUGCUUCAGAAACACUCGGUAUUCCAUGCUUCGUGGUUGCAAGAAUUUCCAUGGCUAAAAUGUUGCCAGGAGACUGGAGUCAUGUCUUGUUCUUGGUGUCACAACAUUGCCACUAAAAACAGCGACGAGCUUGUGAAAGGCAGUCGCAACUACAAGAGGGCCUUGCUGCUGAGACAUCACCUGUCUUCUGAGCACGGCAGGAAUGACCCCACCAAACAGGAGACAAUGAGGCCCUCGGACAACGGCAGCCCCUCCAAUCGCUGCUCAGAGGACGACUACCGCCUCAAGCCCAACGAGAACUCCUACUGUUACCAGCUGCUCCAGGAGCUGGACAAGCAACGCAAAAGUGGCAUCCUCUGCGACGUAAACAUAAACGUCUCGGGCCAGGUGUUCCGCGCACACAAGAACAUCCUGGUUGCGGGCAGCCGCUACUUCAAAACCCUCUACUGUCUGACCAAGAGCGAGGCCCAGGACCAGGCCUUGACCACGCACCUGGAUGUUGCUGCCGUGCAGGGCUUCUCCGUCAUCCUGGACUUUCUCUACUCUGGGAAUCUGCUGCUCACAAGCCAAAAUGCCAUUGAGGUGAUGUCUGUCGCCAGUUACCUCCAGAUGACAGAGGUCGUACAUUCAUGCAGGGCUUUUAUAAAGGAUGCCCUGAAUAUCAGCAUCAAGCAGGAGGCUCCUGAUUCAGUGGUGGUGGACUACAACAAGAGGCAGACGGUGUCCAAAGACGGACAGAGAAGCCUGGACCGCAAGCCGAGCAACUUCUGGGCCACAAGCAUCCUGUCAAAGCUGUCGAUCAAGGCCAGCAACAAUCAAGGAAAGGAAUCAAUGGAAGAAGAAGAAGACACAGGUGGCAGGGUAAAGGAGGAGUCCAGUGACAUAGAGGUGACCGUGGUUGGGAGUGAGGGCUGUGCCCUGGUGACCCCCGGAGCCUCUGGUAACUGGAGCCACCGCAACGACAACUCGUCUGAUUCAGGAGAGACCAAUGACCCACGGUCGGCCAGAGGACAGGUCUUCAUCUGGAACGAGCCGGUCACAGGUGGCGCUGCAGGAGCCUCCGCAUCAAUCAAACGAGAAGCCCCGGAUUCAGCGGCAGGAAGCGGGCGGAGGAAAAAACAGACCACCACACGCCGUUUUGUGUACAACUUUCCUCCAGAGCCUGAAGAGGGAUUUGAAGAGGGGAUGUUCCUCCAGCCCUCUGCCUCCUUCCCGAGAGAGGACUUCUCCUCCCUCUCCGAGAAUGCCGAGCUGGCCAAUCAGAUCCAGUAUAGCAUCAUCCAGGACUUACAGCAAGGGGAGUCCUGGGAGAAUGGCGAGUCCUCACACCUAGCCCUCAAUAAGCUCAAGUGCCCCCACUGUAACUACAUCGCCAAGCACCGGCGCACGCUGAAGAGACACCUGAUCAUCCACUCGGGCGUGCGCUCCUUCAGCUGUGACAUCUGCGGCAAGCUGUUCACCCGCCGCGAGCACGUCAAGAGACAUUCCCUGGUGCACAAGAAGGACAAAAAGUACAAGUGCAUGGUGUGUAAGAAGAUCUUCAUGCUGGCGGCGAGCGUCGGGAUCCGUCACGGCUCGCGGCGCUACGGCGUCUGUGCCGACUGCGCCGACUCGCACCAGGCCACGCAGGAGGGCAUGGAGGGCAUGGAGUUCCCCCGCGACGAAGACUUCGAGGGCGAGGAAGGAGAGGACCUGGAUGGGGAGGAGCCCACCGACAACGACCAAUCAAAUUGGGGUGAGGGCAACGCUGGCACUGCCCCGGAAGAGGACUAAAAAUGUAAACAAGCUUGAGAAACAAAACUAAAAAUAAGUUGAUGUUUAUAAUAUAUAUGUAAACUAGCUGGUAAACAAUCAACUCCAAAGUGCUAUCAAACCUUGAGGUUACUUAAUUGUGCAAGUAUACGACAAAAAGAUGGAUUUAAACAAUUGAAAAGCUUUCGUAGAGUGGGAACUCCAAGAUGUACAGAUUUUAUUAUUGUUAAAUUGUGUCCAACUCUGGGCCGAGAGCCCACAGGAGAAAGAUUCUAUCGACGAAUAAUAUGAUAAAUCAGGUUUUUGGUGAUGUAUUUCUAUUUCCUGUUUUGGGUUGGGGGCAUUUGGGCAGGGUAAUGAUGUAGUUUUGAGAUGGGGUAGGCCAAUCAUUUAAAAAAGCGAAAUGUUAAUUAUUUAAUUUAUGAAGAGAGGUUAUUAUGGUCUUAUCGAUAAUUUUUUAUUUCUGUUCUUGUCUGCGAGCAGAGAGAGUGGCUGUGGCUGUGGCUGUGGCUCUCUGCACAAUCUGAAAGUAUAUCGCUCGGUGCUUGUAGACAGAAGAAGAGCAUUAUUGUCCACAGGAAGAUGUUUAACUUGCUCUGUAGAUCUUGUUUAGAUGCGCUAAAUAUUAUUAUAUUCUUUACAUUUUUUAUUUUCUUUCCCUGCAAAAAUCUUGGAACCAAAAAAUCUGUUUUGUGACUCUAAUGUAUUACAGCCAUAUUUAUAAUUAAUUUAAGAGAGCUGUGGUAUUGUGCCAAACAGACCGCACACCAAGAUUUAGCAGGACGCAAAAACUACUGAAUACGCUUAAGAAAAAGAAAAAGAAAAGACAACGUGAGGUUGGGGGGGGGGGGGGAGAUGAAUGAAAAAAAAGUACAAGGGGAAAUGUUAUUGCUAGCUUUAUACAAAUCACGGCGUCACAGUAACACUUUAUUAUUAAACAAAAGCAUUUGACUUUCACUUAAAGCUUGAAUUUUGCCAAAUGACGAAACGUUUGGUGCUGUAAUGCUUGUCGCAGAAUACUGGACCUACUGGCUAUAUAUGAUGUUUAUAAUCAUAAAGCUUAAACUGACUCAGUUAUACAUAUAUGUAAUCAGCUUAAUCUAUAGAACACUGUUGUGCUACGGCGACUAUCAGGUAUGCUUUGCCAUGUUUUUAAGCUUUUUAUUUAAUGCACACACAAAGAGACACACACACACAUACCAUUUUAUAGAACUACCGGCAGUACUUGUAAUCGAGGACCUAAUCAACAUCAAUACCUGUAUACGUUUGUUUAUAUUUGGUACUGAGUUAUAAAGUAAAUACAGUUUAUAUAUAUAUAUAUUUUGAAAUCACUUGAACGUUGGUUGUGAGGGGAACGAAGUGUGUAGAAAAUCAUGUGUGAUGUCUGAAAGAACUCCAUUUUCCAUGUGUUAAAAGUAUACAAAAAUGUCAUGGGUUUAAUUUGAUGUUAGUUUGUUUAUUUCUUUAGGUCUGCCAGGUAGAAAAACACUUUGUUCCACAAAAAGUGAAGCUCUAUGGCGCCUCAUAGACAUGCACUUAUUUUGUGUUCCUGAAUAUAAUUUUCUUUUUAUGCUUCUUCGCUUCCCAAAAAGCGGGUCUGAAUGGAACUUUAUAAACUGUUGUGUCUUCUUCCAAUGCGCAACGUUUUUUUUAUUAGAUAUUUUUGUUUUGUUAUUUAAUAUUAUAUAUAUAUAUACAUUGACUCCAAAAUGCAAUCAAGACUGUUAAUUUCUAUUUGUCCAACCAAAAUUGUUUUUAAUUAUUGUUGAACUAUAAUGUAUGAGAGAAGCCAGGUGAAAACUUGCUUAGUGUAGAAAAUGCUUGCUCGUGUCUGUAAUUGUUGAGAUUUUUCAAUGUUUUUAUGCUACAGAAUCAUUCACUUUACCCUAGAUGCAUAUUUUGUUUUCCACAGAUGUUUCCUUUCCUUCUUUUGUUGUUUCAUUAAGCACAUAUUUUCUAAAGAAACACGGAUUGUUUGCGGGUUAAAACCUUGGAUCAGCAGUUAUCUGUUCAUAUGCAGUGGAUUUUACAACAUGUACUGAAGUGCUAAUGAUACAGAAGAUGUGUAACUUCCCUUUACUCAGUGCAAGAAGAUAUAUUUUAAGUCCUAGAGAUAUUCAUCCUCUUCGUGUCACUUUUACCUUCAAAUCACUGUGGGAGGAGUUAUAUUGGAUAUAUAUAUAUAUCUAUAUGUGGAGAUUAUAUGAGAUAAAUAUAUAUAUAUAUGAAGAAUAUAUUAUUUAACUAGUGGAUUUACUUAAUGGAACACAUGGUCAGCUCCGAACCUCCCUGCGUGGCGGUUUUAUUUCCGUGAACCUUUCUCCGCCGCUCGCUCUCUGUUCACGCCGUGUGCUUGCUCAUCACACCAACCUGUUGUCUUGUUCGUUCUUUUGAUACUAUUUACCAUUCUACUGAUUUUACUGUAACGAAUGAAACUCAAAACGAUGUAUCAUUUUAGAUUUUAUGCUGUAUUUGUUAUAUGGACAAAAAAACAAACAUUGAAAACAAAAGCAAAAACACUAAAGAUGUUAAGCAGAGGUUUUUUUUCCCCAGCUGUAUUUUUUUACGCUGUUGCUAAAGGUUGUAUUUUUCAAUUUCUCUCGAACUUUAACAGUGAUGCAAAACUCGGGCCGCGCCUCAGUGCCCUCCGAACACGGCAAAUUCAGGUUACUCUUUUUACGUUUUUAUCAAAGAUGGAACUACAUUCUCCUUUUUUCUGUCUGAAUUGUACUACUGUUCCUCUCUAUACUACAUUUUAAGAAUAAAACUUUGAUAUUGCUUUAA